AUGCCUCCAGAGAGCCUUGUGGUGGCAGUGAUCACUGUUGCUGCAGCACCAGACACAACCUGCGGGCAAGGCAGGAGCCUGGAGUGCCAGAGCCGGCCUUCCGGGGCAGGGGUCUGCUUGACUGUUGUCACAGGCUUUGCUUGGGUCCUAGCGCCCAUCCCCGAGAGUGCCAAGGCUUCAGCCCCAGCAGCAGAGUCUCCACUCUUCAUAGACAGACCUGACUUCUUUGAUUACCCAGACUCGGACCAAGCCAAGCUCCUGGCCGUGGCCCAGUUUAUUGGAGAGAGACCUGUCCUCUUUGUUAACUCAGGUUCCAGCUCCGGGCUCUUCCAUCACAUCCUGGUGGGCGCGCUGGUGGUGGCCUUCUUCUUCAUCCUUUUCCAGUUCUGCACCCACAUGUGA